AUGAAGACCCUAUCGCUUCUCCUGUUUCUAUGUGUGGCUGUCUCUGCUGCUUUUCCUGUGGCUCCAGAAGCAGAAGAUGAAGGCAAAAACCUACAGCUUGUGGAGAAUUAUCUACAGAAUUUCUACAAUCUUCAAAGGGAUCACCAGCCUCAUUUAAAAAAGGGCGAAAAUCCCCUUGCUGCAAAGCUCAAGGAAAUGCAGGAAUUCUUUGGACUACAAGUGACCGGAAAACCUGAUCUUGACACUUUGGAGAUUAUGAAAAAACCUAGAUGUGGUAUACCUGAUAUAGGGCAAUACGUGUUCACACCAGGGAAUCCCAAAUGGAAAAGAAAUAAUCUGACAUACAGGAUUUUGAAUUACACGCCAAAGAUGAGACGAGCUGAUGUAAAUGAAGCAAUCCGAAAAGCUCUCAGUGUCUGGAGCAAUGUGACACCACUGACAUUCCGAAAGGUUGAAGACAAAGAAGCAGAUAUAAUGAUCUCUUUUGCUUAUAGAGACCACCAUGACAACUCUCCUUUUGAUGGCCCCAAUGGUCAGCUGGCUCAUGCUUUCCAGCCUGGUGAAGGUAUUGGUGGAGAUGUGCAUCUUGAUGAGGAGGAAGCCUGGACAAAAGAUGGAAGAGGAUACAAUUUGUUCAUUGUUAUUGCCCAUGAGCUUGGCCAUUCGCUGGGUCUAUCCCAUUCAAAUGAUCCUGGAGCACUGAUGUAUCCAACUUACUCCUACACGGAUCCCAAAGAAUUCCUUCUUCCUCAGGAUGACAUUGAUGGCAUCCAAGCCAUCUACGGACAAUCAAAUGCUGCUGUGCAGCCAACAGGACCCAUAACUCCACAAACUUGUGACCCGAAUUUGACAUUUGAUGCUAUUACUACCCUAAGGGGAGAAAUAAUAUUCUUCAAGGGCAGAUAUAUGCUUCGCAAACAUCCCGCAAGGACAGAGACAGAGCUCAAUUUUAUCUCACUGUUCUGGCCAAAGUUACCAUCGGGAAUUCAAGCUGCUUAUGAAAAUGUCGAGAGGGAUGAAGUUUUACUUUUUAAAGAGGAUAAAUAUUGGGUUCUCAGGGGAUAUGACAUUGCACCUGGCUAUCCUAAACCAAUCUAUCGUUUGGGGUUCCCAAAGACUGUCAAAAGAGUUAAUGCAGCUUACAGUGAUGAAACCACAGGAAAAACAUACUUCUUUAUAGCUGACAGAUACUGGAGAUACGAUGAAAACAAAAAAUCCAUGGAUCAUGGUUAUCCCAGGAAAAUAGUCUCCGACUUUGGAAAAAUUGGCAGAGUUGAUGCUGUUUUCCAAAAAGAUGGCUACGUCUACUUCUUCCAUGGAACAACUCAGUUCCAGUUUGAUCCUCGUGCCAAACGGAUUAUUGGACAAAUGAAGAGCAUCAGCUGGUUUAAUUGUUAA